AUGCUAAGUUGCUUUUGUUGCUUCAUGAUCUUGGUUUUAAAGGGGCGGGCUGAGUGUUUGUGUGUCGACUGAACACGGCGCUUUGUAGGUCGGUGCAGGGCUCUUUAACUGGGUAUAAGCACCGGGCUUAAAGGGGAUAUUUCGCUGUGUAAUUCAGGCUGGAGGUUAAACUUGAGCGGCAGAGGUGUGAGAAGUAAAUAUGAGCGACAAGGGGACAGUGUCAUCCAAGGAGAAGGAGACGGUAGAGAAGAGGGGGCGUGGAAGACCCCGCAAGCUUCCUCAGGAGCCCAGCGGAUCCCCGACUCCGAAGAGGCCCAGAGGACGACCCAAGGGCAGCAGAAACAAGCCCACCAGCAAGGGCAAAACAAAGGCAGAAUCUGCUCCUGGUGUGAAACGCAGAGGCAGACCCAAGAAGGAGGAUAAGGAAGAGAAGGCAUCACAGGAGUCAUCGGAGCAGGAAGAAGAAGAAGAAGAGGAGGAAGAGGACCAGUAAUACCAACAACGCAUGUUACCUCACUCAACAUACUGACUUACUGUCAACCAUAACUGGACUGUAUCUGCAACACCGGUGCCACUUUCAUGGCCACUAUUCCCGACAGGGCCCUCGGCUCAAGUGAGGGCCAACACAGUACAUUUCUCAUGCAACAGCACUGGAUGAAAACGUUGGACCUUGCGCAAGCCUAGAUCUAAGUCUCACAUGACGGACGACAGCCUUUUUCUCCAUGUCAUGAUAUCACGAGUCUUUUAUAUUGGAGAAGGUGGGCUAGUGUAUUUUCUUUAAUGCUGAAAGAUGGUUUGUAGUCUCUUUUUUUGUUUGUUUUCUAUUUACUCAAUAUUGCUUACUGAUUAUACCUGCGUCUGAGAUGGUAGGUCCUGUAGAGUUUCUGUUUUGUACAGGACAAAGGUGAUUUUUACCAAUACUUGUGUUUGUGAUGUGGUUAACCUAUCCUUCGCAUCGUACGCUAGAUGGAGUUGAGCUUCAGUGUUUAGGAUGACAAUAUGUCACUGGUGGUAUGUAUACUUUUUUUUUACCCCUCCUUCCCGGUGUCACUGCUCACAAGUAGAAAGAUCCUUCAUGUAGGACAUUUUAGGUUUUAGCUUAUCAAACGGCCUCCUCUGUCAUUGAUGUGUAGUGGGGGAGACAACUAGUUCUCUAGUUUUAUUUGAUUUUUUAGUUUUGUUACUUUCCAGUUUCAUACCAUUGACGUGUGUGCUGCUUCUUUUCAAGUGUUGUCGAUUUUAAAGCAUAGGGUUCCAGGUCGAGAGUAUCAGUGUCGUUUGUUCAGGGAGCUUUUUACAGACGGUUUUGCCUGCGCACACGCCCAGUCAACUGAAAUACAAACUGUACAGCCGUAAGCAGUUUAAUAAUGAAACUGAAAGUCGGUACUGCUCUUUUUUUUUGCCCCCCUUUAGGCCACCUUGUGGCCACUUAUUCACCGAGAGGGGUUCCCAUAACCUUACUUAGUUGAAAUAAACCUUUUUAAAGACGUGUUUUGCUUCCUGCAACAGCAACAAAAAAGAACAGUGAAGUGGCCCCAUGGCAGUUCUUCCACACACCUCAGCUGCUACAACCUCAGUAAUAAACCCAGAAAACGGCAAAGUGACUAUACCAUUCCUGGACAUUCAUACCUCAUUCAGGAGCUUAUAUCAGUGCAUUUAACUGUUUUUUGUGUUAAUGUGUACUCUGGCAUGAGUCAGACAGGUUUUCUUUUGAUUACAAACUUUCCCCCCCCCCCCCCCUCUUUUUUUAUAACUGAUUGAAACAGGCCUCGGCCCUGAACCUUGCAUUCUGGCUGGUGUGUGUCCGUGUGUGUGAGAGAAGCAAGUCAGGGAGACUUGUCAGCUUGACAAUUGUGUUCACUGACUGUAGUAGCUUCGUAAGUUUUUAUUUUUCUUCUAGUGCACUGAAACAUUUUAAGGUUGGAUACCUUUUCUGCUUUUUGCCCAACAAUUGCCAUGAAGUGUUUUUUUUGUCCAUCUUCUGCAAAAUCCGAUGCACGUCACAAACUGACAUCUACAUCUGUUCAUUUAUAUACUGUAAACUGUUGAGGAUGGGAUCAUUCUUUUUAAUGGACACCGUAUAUAAAUGUGCAAUGUAUAUAUUUUCUAUGGUGCCCGACAAUUUGUAUGAGAUGAAAUGGUCAAUAAAGAUAAUUUUCUGUC